AUGUGGAACAUCCUGCUGGAUUCCCUGCUUCAAGAAGCUGAAACCUGGAAUGUACACGUCCAGGCUUAUGCCGAUGAUAUUAUAUUAAUAGGGACUGGGAAAACAGCAUCAAUAAUAGAAAAUAAAAUCAACACAGCGCUAAAUAAAAUAUCUAAUUGGGGCUUCUCUAGGAAAAUGAGCUUCGCGGCACAUAAAACGCAAGCUAUUCUCAUAACAAAGAAAUAUAAAUAUGAAAUGCCUAACUUAAAGCUCAGUGAUACCAAUAUAGUACUCAUUGAAAACCUGAAAAUUCUCGGUUUGAACAUCGACAGAAAUUUAAAUUUUGUAAAACAUGUACAAGACACCACAGAAAAAGCUAUUGCGCUAUACAAAAAGGUUUCAAAAACAGCAAGAGCUCAAUGGGGACUCAACUCGGAAAUUCUUAGGACUAUUUACAUCACUGUCGUAGAGCCUACAAUGUUAUAUGCGGCAGCUUGCUGGGGAAACAAAGCAUCAAGAAUACAGAUACGCAAACGUCUUGAUACUAUAACGAGAGUAUUCUAUAUUAUGAUUUGUAAAGCUCAUCGAACAUCUUCGCUAACUUCCUGUGCCGCCUUAGCAAGAAUUAUACCACUAGACUUAAGAGCUCAAGAACAACUAGACAUAUACGAAAUAAAAAGAGGAAAGUCCAUUGAGCAACUACCAGGGAGGAAACUUGCCAUACCAAUAAGUCCUAUUAACCUUCCACAUCCAGAGUUCCGUGUCCCAGAGACUUACAAUGACAUUUGUACAGAAAAGGAUGUUGAAAUGAUAGAAAACAACUGGCCUGCUAUCUAUACUGACGGUAGUAAAAUCGCAGGAAAAGUUGGGGUCGCUGUAAGCUGCUGGGAAAAUGGAAGGGAAACCCACAAGGUAAAAAUAAAAUUAGGUAAUCACUGCAGCGUUUUCCAGGCGGAACUAGUUGCAAUAUUGAAGGCACUCAGUAUCAUAAAAAGCAAACGGGGAUUUAGUAAGUCUAAUAUACUGAGUGACUCUCGGGCGGCCCUGGAAAGCCUUUCAAAUCCUAGCACUCUUAAUCCUCUGGUAGCUGAAAUUCUAGAAGAUAUAGAGGAAAUACGUAACAACCAAGGUGAAGUUCUUCUGGAUUAA